UCCGGCUCUGUAGCAGUGACCCUCCAUCAGGAGAAAGCUAAUGGGUUUAAAUGCAGCGCUGCGGCGGUGGUGACCUCUGUCUGCCGCAGGGAGAACGGCUCACACCGGGAUAAACACCCUGACCGCUGACGUGAGUAUGGCGGCCUGACGGUAUGUAGUUUUCAUUACCUGGACCUACGAGCUCAUGGACAUCAUGUUGUGGUGACAGUCACUCGGACUCCUCGGCUCAUUAUCUCGGGACAUCAAUAAUAAUUUUUUGUUAGCACCGCUCAGCUCUCGGAUCAUGUCUUCACAGCCGCGCCGUUAAGUGUCGGUUGGUUGCAGUUGCUUAGCCGUUAGCUCGUGUUUCAGUGAGCCGUUGUGAGCCGUUAGCACACAAGCUAGCUGAUGUCUUGUGCGGUCACUAGCUUUCAACGGUUGUCCGCAUCAUCACCACGACAACGGGCAUCCUUCCCCCCCGGCCGUGUGAUGGAAGGGUGAGGGGAAUGAUGCUGAGACUCCUCCACAUCCUGCUAACAGGCCUGUUAGGUGCUCUGUGGGAUGGAGUUAAUGCUUUUGGUGGUGUUCGACUAGUGGAUGGGGAGAACAAGUGUUCUGGCAGAGUUGAGGUACUCCGCCAUGACCAGUGGGGGACAGUUUGCGAUCAUGGCUGGGACUACCGGGAGGCUGAUGUGGUGUGCCUGGAGCUGGGCUGUGGCUUAGCUGAAUCUGCCCUUCAUGGUGCAACAUUUGGUGCAGGCAGUGGAGAGAUCUGGCUGCGGCAUGUCCAGUGCACCGGGCAUGAGUCAAGUUUGACACGAUGUGCUGUUGUCCUCCACAGUAACGCCUACUGCACCCAUGAGAAUGAUGCAGGGGUGAAAUGCUCAGGUACCCUUUUAACACCCACCCUCACCCUGCUGUCACCUCACACUGUGUUCUCUUCUGGUGAGGCUGUUCGCUUCGGCUGCAGUGUUCUGCUGGGCCACCACCUCAGUGACUUCCAUCUGUACAAGCAUGGAGUGUCAACACCGCUGGUCACACAAAGGGCGGAUCAGACGCAGACCAGGGUGGAGCUUACACUGUCCGACAUGGAGACUUUCCACCAGGGCAGCUACAGUUGUCGGUACAGGAUCAAAACCGGCUUCCCUUCUCAGCUGCUCAGCUCUCCACCCAGCAACUCCAUCAAUAUCAGUGUUGUGGAACUCCUGACUCCACAACACUGGUACAACACGUCCACUGAGGCCCCGGCUGGUUCCGUCAUUAAAGGCCACAAUUUUAACAUCACCUGCUCCACCCCGCAGCAGUACCCUGGAGGUUCCUUCCAGCUGCGUCUGAUACGCUCCAACGGCACAGUGCGCCAGUCCCUGCCUGCCCUCACCCCGUCGGUCACUUUCACUUUUCCCAAUGCACAGAGCUCCAACGAGGGCUACUACUACUGCCUGUAUCGGGUCCAGAUGGGUGGACGCACCUUUGUCUCCAGAGAGAGCCAGCCCCUGCCUAUAGCCAUCAGAGAUCCAGCUCCAGUGCUGAGUCCAAUGGUAAUCAGCUGGCUUGUGUCUGGCCUCACAUUCGUUGUAGCUGUUAUCGUUAUAGUCAUUGUGGCCAAGGUGCUGUGUAACAAGGAGAAGAAGCCCACUGAACUGGAGCGAGAGACUAGAACCUGUGUUGACAACACUUAUGUUGCCUUAUCAAUUAACAAGCUAUGAUGGGGUAUGCAGGCAACAGAAAACACACUAAAGCAGUGUCACGAGUGGCUGGACAGUCAGAGGGCUCAUACUGCAUCCAUCAUGGAUUCAGUCAGCAGAUGUAAAACAGAACCAAAUUGCUUGGUCAGUCAUCCACCACACGUUUGGGAAAGUCCAGUACAGGUUGGAUGAGGCAGUUUUUAAUGGACUCUAACACAGACUACAUUACACCAUACUUCAGACAGGUGUAACUUCUGGGAAACAAUGGAUAUAAGUAGUGUUUAAGCCUUGUAUUAUGUAUAGAUGUGAGCUAACGGCCACAGAAGACAAAGUAGAAACAAUUUCCAGUUCAAAGUCAGAUUCACUCAGACUCGGCUACUGCCAUGACGCCAGAUGUAUGGAGUGGAAAACUGCAACUACAAGCUAAACUGGGGAAACUGAAAGGUGUCCCUCAGGUCUGUGUAAAUGCAGUUUAAAAAUAUUGUUUUGUAUUUAUUACCAGGUAACACUGACAGGCUCCACUCGCUUAUUAUGUACUUGCUUCUACAGAUCAAUGAUCCUUAAAGGAUUAGAUGUUUUUGUAUUUUAAGUCUAACCCUACUAUGCAUCUUACGUCAUUUACAAUAUGUACAUAACUGCACUUAAAGUUGGUGAAUAGAACCUGUAGAUGAUUAAAAUGCUGCUGUUGUUGGA